CGCCCGGGCCCCCGGCCCAGGCCAGAACAAUCGACCAUGACAACCGAAUCGGGAUCAGACUUGGAGUCGAAGCCGGAGCAGGAGGCCGAGCCCCAGGAGAGUCACGUGGGGGCACAGCUUGAGGCGCAGCCGGGAGCCGAGCCGGGCACUGAGGAGCAGCCCCAGGCACUGGAGCAGUUGGAGGAGGGGGCAGCGCACAGCACGCCCGCGAGGAAGGAGGUCGCUGACAAGGACCAGGAGUUUGCCGGGGGACCUGCCAAACAGCCUGAAUAUCAGCAAUUUGAAGACGAUAAACUUUCUCAGAAAUCAUCUAGCAGCAAACUAUCUCGAUCUCCAUUAAAGAUUGUCAAAAAGCCUAAAAGCAUGCAGUGCAAAGUGAUACUUCUGGAUGGAUCAGAAUAUACCUGCGAUGUAGAGAAACGCUCCAGAGGCCAAGUGCUGUUUGAUAAAGUAUGUGAACAUCUGAAUCUGCUAGAAAAAGACUAUUUUGGGCUUACAUAUCGAGAUGCUGAAAACCAGAAGAAUUGGUUGGACCCUGCUAAGGAGAUUAAAAAACAGAUUCGAAGUGGUGCUUGGCACUUUUCAUUUAAUGUGAAAUUUUACCCACCAGACCCUUCCCAGCUCUCUGAAGAUAUCACCAGGUACUACCUCUGCUUGCAGCUGCGCGAUGACAUCGUGUCUGGCAGGCUGCCCUGCUCCUCUGUCACCCUCGCCACGUUGGGCUCGUACACCGUCCAGUCGGAACUGGGAGACUACGACCCAGAUGAGUGUGGCAGUGACUACAUCAGCGAGUUCCACUUCGCGCCAAACCACACGAAAGAACUAGAAGACAAAGUCAUCGAGCUGCACAAGAGCCACAGAGGAAUGACGCCCGCAGAAGCAGAGAUGCAUUUCUUGGAAAAUGCCAAAAAGCUUUCCAUGUAUGGGGUGGAUUUACAUCAUGCCAAGGAUUCUGAAGGAGUUGAAAUCAUGUUAGGAGUGUGUGCAAGUGGUUUGUUGAUAUAUCGUGACCGACUACGCAUCAACAGGUUUGCCUGGCCAAAGGUUCUAAAGAUUUCAUACAAACGGAGCACCUUUUACAUUAAGAUUCGGCCGGGAGAGUUUGAACAAUUUGAAAGCACCAUCGGGUUUAAGCUGCCCAACCAUAGAGCGGCCAAGCGUUUAUGGAAAGUGUGUGUAGAACACCAUACAUUUUUCAGACUGUUGUUACCAGAAGCACCUCCAAAGAAGUUCCUUACCUUGGGUUCCAAGUUUCGUUACAGUGGCAGAACACAAGCCCAAACCAGAAGAGCUAGUGCAUUGAUAGACCGUCCAGCCCCUUACUUCGAACGUUCGUCCAGCAAACGUUAUACCAUGUCUCGCAGCUUGGAUGGAGCAUCAGUGAAUGAAAACCAUGAAAUAUACAUGAAGGAUUCUGUGUCUGCUGCAGAGGUUGGUACUGGCCAGUACAUAACAACAAAGGGCAUCUCUCAGACCAACUUGAUCACCACUGUGACUCCGGAGAAAAAGGCAGAGGAGGAGCGGGACGAGGAAGAGGACAGACGGCAAAAGGCCAAGGAAGCCACACCAGUCGCUGCCGUACGGCCCAAGGGAAAGUCACCCGGCCUUGGCACUGACUCAUGUCCCCCCUCCCCCCCAUCAGCCCGCUCUCCCCCUGCAUCUCCCACAGGGCUCCGCAGGAGGUGUAAGGAGAACGGGCACCCCCCGCCGGGGGUCGAGCCGGCCAUAGACCCCGGGCACCUGCACGGGGAGCCCGCCUCGGACUCUGACGGCCGAGGAAAGCCGUGCCUGGGGGACCACGAUGUGGCUUUUACCUACAAACAGCAGCCAGGCAGAGGGACCACCCUGUUUUCCUUCUCCUUGCAGCUCCCCGAGUCUUUCCCCUCUCUUCUGGAUGACGAUGGCUACCUGUCUUUCCCCAACCUUUCCGAGAGCAGCCUCCUGCCCCAGAGCUUGCAGCAUUACCUCCCCAUCCGCUCACCCUCUCUGGUGCCCUGCGUCCUCUUCAUCUUCUUCUUCCUGCUCUCCGCCUCCUUCUCAGUGCCAUACGCCCUCACUCUCUCCUUCCCUCUGGCUUUGUGCCUCUGCUGCCUGGAGCCCAAGGCGGCCUCCUUGAGUGCCUCACUAGACAAUGACCCGAGUGACAGUUCAGAGGAAGAGACGGACAGUGAGCGCACAGACACUGCCGCUGAUGGGGAAACCACCGCCACCGAGUCGGAACAGGAGGAAGAUGCAGAGCUCAAAGAACAGGAGCUAGAUAAAACCCAAGAUGACCUGAUGAAACAUCAGACCAAUAUUAGUGAGCUGAAAAGAACCUUUUUAGAAACCUCCACGGGCACUGCCAUCACGAACGAAUGGGAAAAGAGGCUUUCCACCUCCCCCGUGCGACUAGCCGCCCGGCAGGAGGAGGCACCCAUGAUCGAGCCGCUGGUACCUGAAGAGACCAAAGAAGAAAGAGAGAUUUCUGAAAAGGUUCUAUUUUUGCAGCAAGGAAGCUCUCCAUUCUUUGAGUCUCAGGGCACAGAGGACUGGGUUAUUGUAGACAAAAUACCCACUGAGGUAGUUGAUGGUGAUUCGAAAAAGAUUGUGGCGUACAAGGUGGUGCCCGUGGGCAGCAGAGCUGAUGACACCCUCGCCGACCUGUUAGGAUCUAGCGCCACUGAAGUGCAGAGCUUCGAAGACUUGGCCCGAGAAGUGCACUUGGAGGAAGAGAACAAACAGAAAAUAUACACACUCGGGAAGUCCUACGAUACCGUGUCUGGAAAAAUUGUCACUAUGACGGGAAAAGUCAAAGAAGGGGAGAAGGUGGUGUCCCCCUCCCCUCUUGAGCCGGGACCAGCCGAGUCCGUGAAGACCCGCCCUGUCCUGGCAGAGUUCGAGGUCCUGGGAGCCCUCACCGAGGACAGGACCAGGACGGGGACCGAGGUCCACACUCCAGAGCGGAGGCUGUCGGAGUCGCUGGCCCCCAUCAGCGAAGCCGAGUCCCGGCAGCAGAGCCCCGAGGAUGAUGCUCUUGAGAAAAGCUACGUGCCCGGGAGGGAUGCCAGCCCGGAGGGCGAGGCCACGGCCUUGAAGGUGGGGCCCUUCAGUCCCCGCAGAAAGAGCCUGUCCAAGUGGAGAUAUUCCCGGGAGCCGGCAGUCAUCGCCGCCACCACCCGAUAUGUUGUCCCAGAGUCGGCCACGUCCCAAGUCGUGACUAAACAGUCUUCUGGAGAAAAGCUCAUGGAUGGCUCUGAAAUCUUCAGCUUAUUAGAGUCUGCGAGAAAACCGACAGAAUUCAUAGGCGGGGUUACUUCCACUUCUCAAAGCUGGGUGCAGAAAACAGAAACCAAGAUGGAGUCUGGCAAAAUAAAGACGGAAACAACCCAGCACCCCCAGCCACUUAGCACCUUCUUGGUGGGGGAUACGGCAUUGGUGGAGGAAAGACAUGUGACGAAUGUGCAUGAGAGUGGGGAUGCUUCUUACGCAGCUGGAGAUGACAUGGAUGCUGUGACCCAGGCGGCAUCUGCUGAUGCUUCUGAUGUGAAAGGGGAGGAGGUCGCUGCUCUGACUGAGGGAGCGAAGGAGGAAAAAGGGGAGGUGGCCGACAAAGCUGUCCUCGAGCAGGGAGAGGUGGCAGCUGCUUCCCAAGAGCCAGAGGAGGAGCAGAGUGCAGCCAUCCACAUUUCUGAAGCUUUGGAACAGAAACCUCAUUUUGAGUCAUCAACUGUGAAGACAGAAACCAUCAGCUUUGGCAGUGUUUCACCAGGAGGAGUAAAGCUAGAAAUUUCUACCAAGGAAGUGCCUGUAGUUCACACAGAAACAAAAACCAUAACAUAUGAAUCAUCACAGGUUGAUCUUGGUGCUGAUUUGGAGCCAGGUGUGCUCAUGAGCGCACAGACGAUCACAUCUGAAACCACUAGCACCACGACCACCACCCACAUCACCAAAACUGUGAAAGGAGGCAUUUCAGAGACGAGAAUCGAGAAGCGAAUCGUCAUCACGGGAGACGCGGACAUUGACCAUGACCAGGCACUGGCUCAGGCAAUUAAAGAGGCCAAAGAGCAGCACCCUGACAUGUCAGUGACCAAAGUAGUGGUCCAUAAAGAGACAGAGAUCACCCCUGAAGAUGGAGAGGAUUGAGCCCAGGAAUAACCUAGGCUGCACCUGAGGCCAGUCAUGCAAACCAUUAGGAAAAAACAAGAGUCUAUAUGGAGUUUGCUCUUCUAACCCACUGAUUUGUACCUGCCCAUGGACAAUUUCAAUCCAGAAGAACUGACCUUGACCAUUUAAUAAAGACACUGGCAGAGAUCUUCCCAUAAUAAAGCAAUCUGAGUCAGCAUCACUAAACUGAUAUUGCAUGAAGCAACGAUACAAUUACAAAACAAGCAGCAUUUUUACGUUUCACACAGUGUCUAAGUUCUCAGCUACACCUGCACGUUCAUAACCAACAAUAGAAACCGUGAUCUCAUGUAACACUUAAAACAAUCCAUGCCUUUCAUAGCUGAUUAUUAUUAAAGUCUAAACAAAAUUGCAGUUUCUUAGGUGACAGAUCUUUUGUUUACAGAUCAACAAAGAUUGCCCUAAACUGCUAGAAGCUGUCUAGUCCAGUGUGUCAGGUUUUUUUCCCAGAUUAGAUGUGCCAAUAACCGAGUUUAUUCAGUAAAUAACUUGAAUCUUAUACUUGUUUCCUGUGGUUUAUUUCUCUCACCUGUCAGCAGUAACGACUCUCCGAUCCUCUGGAAAUAUUUAAUGCUCACAAUCCUGCUUUGUGUAAUCUAAUUUAACCGUUAUAAAGUAGUACUGACUUUAGCAUAUCGAUGUGAUUUCUUCCCCGUCAUCUGCUUUGGUCUGUGUUCAGUCUGGAAAGCUUCCCAGAGUUCCCUAACAAGUCCUAAAUAUGUAAAUUGUCAUUAUUUUGGAAAGAAAACCUGUAUUUUUGUUAGCUCACCGUAUGAUGAAAUUUCACUCCGGGAAAACCCAUUGGGCUUCUGUUGCUUUGUUUUCUUUCUUCAUUUCUUCAUCCUUGUAUUUUUUUAAUGGAGUUUUCUUCUUUUACUUCAAAAAAAGUGUUUUAUUUCCAAAUCUGGUCCAUAUUUGCAGUCUAGUUCAGAGCCAAGCCUUAAACUGUACAGAAUUUCCACUGUAAUAAAACUAUUUAGUGUUUAGUUAUAAAUAGCCUUCAAGAAGUUAUAUUCUCCAUUUCACUGUCAACCACAUCGCACAGCCAUGGUGAAUGUAUGUUUCCGCAUAGCAAAAUAAAAAUGGUAAAUGCAUUUAAA